AUGCCUCUCAACUUCAAGAGUCGGCCGGUUGAUCUCGCGGAGCUCGAGCUUUCAGUGUGUGAGGUGUUUGCGUUAGCUGUUCGGCACAAUCUAGGCAUGGAUGAUGAAGGUGAUGAUGAUCCUGUGCCCCUUCCAAAUGUGAAUGCAGCAAUACUUAAAAAAGUGAUCCAGUGGUGCACACAUCACAAAGAUGAUCCACCUCCACCAGAGGAUGAUGAGAACAAAGAUAAGAGGAUAGAUGAUAUCCCUGUAUGGGACCAAGAGUUUCUCAAAAUAGACCAAGGAACACUCUUUGAACUCAUUCUUGCUGCCAACUACCUGGAUAUCAAAGGUUUGCUCGAUGUCACCUGCAAAACUGUUGCAAACAUGAUCAAAGGCAAAACACCAGAAGAAAAUCGAAAGACCUUCAAUAUAAAAAAUGAUUUCACUGAAGAGGAAGAGGCACAGGUACGCAAAGAGAAUCAAUGGUGCAAAGAAAAGUGAAUUGGUUUGCCUGCCACUGUAACACUGUAAGAAAUGUUCCAAAUAACUAGUUUCACUGCUCUGUUUAUAAUAGACAAUUCAUCAGCUUAUCAUUUAAGCAGCAGGCAAUUUUGCCACAUGUAUUGU